AUGUACAUUGCGGGGAGCUCCGUUGCAAACAAGGCAAACACAAUCUUCCCCGUCUUUCGGCGUCAUGGCCAUCAACGCUGCAACUCUGAAGCAGGACAUAUAUCCUUCCACUCAGAGACCAUGGCUGAUAAAUCGGAUAACCCGUUGAUUUCGACAAAGCCUUCCGACUCUGGUCUUCAUGUUGCCCUUCACCCUCUUGUCCUCCUCACCAUCUCAGAUUAUGCUACAAGACACACCGCACGGCAACAGCAGGGACCUAUCGUGGGCGCACUUUUGGGUCAGCAGCAAGGCCGGCAGAUCACUUUGGAGCACGCCUUUGAAUGUCAUACGAAAAGGAGUGCCGACAAUGAGAUUAUUCUUGAUGCCGCUUGGUUUGGAACGCGAGUCCAGCAGUUUCGAGAUGUUCACAAAGAUCCCCCGCUGGACCUAGUUGGGUGGUUCACCCUCACUCCAAAUUCCGGCCCAUCCCCGUCUCUGCUCUCGAUUCAUCGCCAGAUUUUACAAGACUAUAACGAAUCUGCAGUGUUGCUCACUUUCCAUCCUUCUCAAAUAGUUUCGGAUUCCGGAAAUGGAGCAAAAUUGCCCUUGACAGUUUACGAGAGUAUUUUCGAAGGUGAAAAUGUCGUUGACCCAAACGCGGCUACGCAAAUGGGCGAUGACAGACAACCUUUACACAUUCGCUUCCGCGAGCUACCAUAUUCAAUAGAAACGGGUGAAGCCGAGAUGAUUAGUGUCGAUUUUGUUGCUAGGGGUGCUGGUAAUGCUAUGGCUAUUGAAGCUCCAGCUGAACCAGGAAAAGCCACGACAAAGACUACGGCCACAGCCACAACAGAAACCAAGGGGCCUAAGCAUGAUGCGGGAGAUGUGAAGACAGAGGAUGACUCGGUUAUUUUGUCACCAGAACACGAAGAAUUCAUUGCCAACCUCUCAACCCGACUCAACGCCGUAAAAACACUCGAGAGUCGCAUACGGCUUAUCAGAUCGUUCCUGGAAAAUCUUCCGCCAUCCAUUCUAAGUGGCCAGAAUUCUGCUGAAGGCGCAACAACGACGAAUUCGGGAACGCAUCCAAUUCUUCGCAACAUAUUCGCUCUAAUAUCUGGCCUCUCGCUUUUAACACCGCAAGAUUCGAAAUCGUUUGCAGUCGAAUCUCUUGCUCAAGAAAAUGAUGUAGCAGUUAUAUCCUUACUGGGUCAACUGGGUGAGAACGUCAAGACUAUCCGUGAGUUGGGAAAGAAAUCAGCUAUAGUGGAGAUAGGGAAACAGCAGAACGCUGCUCCUGGCAAAGGCCGAAAGGCUCAUUUGGGUCUCCCAUCGAGAUUCGAUGAUGGAUUAAGGGAAAGUGGAUAUGCAAACCUUGAUGCUGGUGGACUACAAAUGAUGUAA